CCGAAGGUUAGCAGGUAUUGUUACCAAAACCUCUCUCUCACAACCACAACUCCGCCACACACAAACCUCACGACUACGAAGCAACAAACAUGUCGACUGCACCCCCGGGAAAAUCAAAGCAGCCCUCCCGCAAGGGAAAAAAGGCCUGGCGCAAGAAUGUUGACAUCAGUGCGGUCGAGACGGGCCUCGAGCAGGUGCGCGAGGAGAUUACUCAAGGUGGAGUGAUCAAGGAAAAGUCGGACGACCUUCUCUUCGCGAUGGACUUUGGGGGGGACGAUGCGAUCGUGCGGCGCGAGGCGCGGACGUUGAAGCCACUCAAGAGCGACCAAAUCCUUGCGGCGCGGUCGGCGAUCCCGGCCGUGGACACGCGCAAGCGGAUCGGUGCGGUCACCGACGGCGUGCUCGUCAAGAAGGCGAAGCGCAAGGACGGCGUGUCGUUUGCGCAGCUGCAGCGGCUGCGGCAGAUCGCGUAUGGAGGCGCGUCGCGCGCCGCCGGCCCAGAGCUCGUCGCUGAGAGGAAAGUCGUCCCGGACUAUGAUGCCUGGGGAACCGAGGCCGAAGAGAAGUUCAAGAAGAAGACCGAGAUCGAGUUGGAGGGGCUCGACUUCGUCGAGAAGGUGCAUAAGCCCAAGGCCCCUGCGACGCUGAAGCGGAAGCCGAUUGCUCUUGCGGCGAUUGGAUCCGUGCCUGCGGUUAGGCUGCCAGAGGGCGGUGUCUCGUACAACCCCGACUUCGAGAUGUGGGAUAAGCUGCUGCGCGAGGAGGGAGAGAAGGAGGUGGAGCUGGAGAAGAAGCGGAUUGCGGAGGAGGCCGAGGAGGCAAGAAUGCAGGCGAUAAUCGAUGCUCCGGAUGUCGAGAUGUUGAGCGACCCCGAGGGCUGGCAGGAUUCCGACGAAUCGGAGGACGAGGAAGAAGGUGGGAGCAAGGACAGCGCAGAGAGGAGGGAGGCGAAACGCAAGACGCAGUCGCAAAAGAAUAAGGCCAUCAAACAGAAGGAGCAGGAAAAGCAGCGCGCCGAGGCCAAGAAGGUGAAACAGCAGGAGCGAGAAUUGUUGUUGGUCAAGAAGUAUGCCCGGGAGAUCAGGUACCAAGAGAAGCUCCGGAUGGCGAAGGCCAUCGCCAAGAUGUCUGUGGACGACGACGAGAAGAACCCUAAGAUCAUGCGAAAGAAGAGACUCGGAAAGGCUCAUUUGCCCCGUGCUCCUCUGGAGGUGCAAUUGCCUGAUGAGCUGGCGGACUCUCUGCGAACCCUCAAACCUGAAGGUAACCUGCUGGGUGAUCGAUUCCGCAGUUUGAGGGAACGCGGCAUAGUUGAGGGAAGGACACCCAUAAUCUAUGCCAAGAAGGCGAAGAGAUCAUCGACCGAGAAGUGGAGUUACAAGGACUUCAAAUAGUUGGGGUGGAUUCGUUAAUCACGUUGAGAUUUGGGGCGUUGAAAAGCUGUGUAUAUUUUUUGAUAUGGAGCCGGGGCAAUUCCUGGGAUACUGGUUGACUGAGGUGCAAAACAUGUUGCCCUUGCACCCGCAAGGGGGAUACGGCACAUAAAAAAAAGGCUCACGACCGGCGGUCGGAGACAGUGGGGUGGAAACGGACAUGUAAAAUACACAGCCAUGAUCUACUAGAGUCGAAUGCUAUGAUGAUUGAACAAAAG